AUGAGUUCUUGUUUCGUACCGAACGGGGCCAGCUUGGAGGAUUGCCAUUCCAAUCUAUUCUGUCUGGCUGACUUGACGGGGAUCAAAUGGAAGAAGUUCGUGUGGCAGGGUCCCACCUCCGCCCCCAUCCUCUUCCCGGUGACGGAGGAGGACCCCAUCCUGUGCAGCUUCAGCCGCUGCCUUAAGGCCGACGUGCUGAGCGUGUGGCGGCGCAGCCAGCGGCAGGGCUGGAGGGAGCUGUGGCUCUUCUGGUGGGGGGACGACCCCAACUUCGCCAACCUGAUCCACCACGAGCUCGCAGCCGAGGACGACGACCUGUGGGAGAACGGCCUUUCCUACGAGUGUCGCACUCUGCUGUUCAAAGCCAUCCACAACUUGCUGGAGCGCUGCCUCAUGAACCGCAGCUUUGUGCGCAUCGGCAAGUGGUUCGUCAAGCCCUAUGAGAAGCACGAGAAGCCCAUCAACAAGAGUGAGCACUUGUCCUGCGCUUUCACCUUCUUUCUGCACGGCGAGAGCAACGUGUGUACCAGCGUGGAGAUCAACCAGCACCAGCCCAUCUACCACCUCACAGAGGAGCACCUAGCUCUGGCCCAGCAGGCGUCCAGCCCAUUUCAAGUCAUCCUGAGUCCGUUCGGCCUGAAGGCAACACUGACUGGCCAGUCGUUUAAGAUGUCAGACCCCCCCACACAGAAGCUGAUCGAGGAGUGGAACCAGUUUUAUCCCAUCAGUCGCAGUAACAAGGAGGGCUCUUCAGAGGACAAGCCUGAGGACAUGGACUGGGAGGAUGAUUCUCUGGCCUCUGUAGAGGUCCUCGUUGGUGGGGUGCGUAUGGUCUACCCAGCCUGCCUGGUGCUUGUACCCCAGUCAGAUAUCCCCGUCAUGGCCCCUGUGGGGUCCUCUCACUGCACUGCCGUCUACCCGGGUGGUCACCAAGUGCCUGCUUCCCAGCGAGAGCCUGCCAUGUCAUUGGUGACCCUCACCCCUCCCACGUCACCCGAGGAGGCGCACACAGUGGAUUCUCAGUCGGCCCAGAAGUGGGUCAAGAUGCCAUCAUCAUCUGACGCAUUCAGCGUGGACAGAACAAGUCACCAUGGAGGGAAGAUUCCACGCAGGCUGGCCCGUCAGGUGGUGGAGCGUGUCUGGCAAGAGUGCAAUAUCAACAGAGCGCAGAACAAGCGGAAGUUUCCAACUGCGUCCAACGGUAUCUGUGAGGAAGAGGAGGUGGAGAAGGUAGGAGCCUGGGACUUUGUGGUGCCUUCACAGAGGUCCUACUGCAGCUGCUCCAGACACAAAUCAGGAAAGCAGCGAACAGGCAGCACUCCGGGCCAAACCCAGUCGACGGGUCAGCCCUCCCAGCCUCCGACCAAGCACAAAACUGGAGGAGAGAAGCCAGAGAAGCAGCAGAAGAGACCCCAAAUGCCGUUCCAUCACCGCAGCUUGGCCAGCGACGAAACGUCCAUAGAGACUGAAGCGGCAGUAGGCCAGAGGCUGGCCAUGAGGGCUCAGGACAGCGGACGAUUUCGAUCUGCAGACGUCAUCGCCCUCCCCAAACCCCCCCAGCUCCACGGUGCAGCGAUCGGCGCUGGGCCCUCGGAACAAUCCAACUCGCCGCCUCCUCCGCCACUUAGCCCCCGCCCCAGCGAGCGCGGCGAGGAGUCAGGGGAGGUCAUAAAGAACCCCUCCACCCCCAACAGCCAACACUUCUACCAGCUCCCCCCAGAGCCCUGCUUGGCCACUGCAAAGGGCGACGGCGAGGAUCCCGGCGGGCCCCACGGUUUGAGCCAUCACUUCCACAACCCCCACUCUCAUCCGGGAACCUCUGCCUUCUCCGAGCCUCCCGAGCCCACCGUGUUCGUGGGCUCAGCGGUCAACCUGGAGGACGACGGCUGCCACACGCCGUGGAGGUUAUUCAACCUGCCCCGCAGGAAGGAGGCUAAGCUACCCACGCCGCCGCUGCCUGGAGACAAGCUGAGGGACGAGGCAGCGGCGUCACAGGACCUGGUGUCGGUUACAGAAGUGAUGUCUACAUCUAAAAUGCCUCUGAAGGUGUCCGAGGACCGGCUUCAGAUGUACAGAGCCAGGAGGAAUCAGUACCUAUCUGCCGCUGUCACCGACGGAGAUCAUGAGCCAGAGGAAGACCCCUACGCCUUCGAGGAAGGAGACGUUAAGUUCACCUUCUCCACGAAGAAGGACAAAGGAGGAGAGCGGGAGCCUGGAAAGAAACACAAGGGUGAAGAUGGAGGAACCGGUCAAACAGAUGAUGCGCAACGUGCGGCUGCUCACAACCGCAUGGCCUCGUCCAGCCUUAUGCACGUGACGGACCUGGUGGUUUCCUUCACCGACCUCGACAACCUCUUCAACUCGGACGAGGACGACCUGACGCCUGGUACCAGACGGCCCGUGAAUGGAACUGAUGAGAGAUUUGGGAACAAGGAGCCGAAGACAUCCUCGUUGGACCCCGUAUCUUGCAUCAGCUCGGCAGACCUGCACCAGAUGUUCCCCACGCCUCCCUCCCUGGAGCAGCACAUCAUGGGUUUCUCGCCCAUGAACAUGUGCAACAAGGAAUACAACAUCAUGGAGCCCAACCCCGGCAUGACCACGCUGGACGGCACCUCCAUGCUGGGGGGCCACUUCAAGAUCGAGGUGGAGGAGAGCUUCUGCAGCCCCAAGCCGUCUGAGAUCAAGGAUUACUCGUUUGUGUACAAACCUGAGCUGUGUCAGGCAUUUGUAGGCUGCUCCAUGUUUGCCCCCCUGAAGACGUUGCCCAGCCAGUGUCUCCCUCCCAUUAAACUACCGGAGGACUGCAUCUACAGAACAAGCUGGACGAUGGGCAGGGAGAUGCUCACUACUGUUCCUGUGAUGGGCUUCCUAAACAAAGACGGUAAUAUUCCCAGUGUUGGCAGUGCCAUGGACCAGGACUACACCCAGACCUACACCCCUCAGACCCACACCCCCUUUAUGUCCAACAGCGCUCCCCCCAGCAACAGUGGCACCGGCAUCCUGCCUUCCCCUGCAACCCCACGCUUCUCGGCUCCCACGCCACGCACACCCCGGACCCCGCGCACCCCUCGGGGCCCCUCCAGCGUCCAGGGCUCCCUCAAGUACGAGAACUCGGACCUGUACUCCCCGGCGUCCACCCCUUCCACGUGCCGGCCGCUGAACUCGGUGGAGCCGGCCACAGUCCCCUCCAUCCCCGAAGCGCACAGCCUCUACGUCACGCUGAUCCUCUCGGAGUCGGUCAUGAACCUCUUCAAGGACUGCAACUUCGACAGCUGCUGCAUCUGCGUGUGCAACAUGAACAUCAAAGGUGCCGACGUGGGCGUGUACCUGAGCGGUGCCGACGGCGAGGACCAAGACCCCUGCAGCUGCGGCUUCAGCGCUGUGGUGAACCGGCGAUACGGGAACGGCUCGGGCCUCUUCCUGGAGGACGAGCUGGACAUCAUCGGCCGCGGCUCGGACGUCAGCAAGGAGGCAGAGAAGAGCUUCGAGGAGCUCCGGCUCUCGUCGCUGGAGAGGACCGGGGUCGGGAGAGGGGAGCGCGUUCCCGACGAGCUCAUCGUGCUCCUGCAGGAUCAGUGCACAAACCCGUUUUCGCCCAUUUCGGUCAUGGAGCACGAGGCGGCGUCGAGGGGGUCGAGCAGCACGCCUGCGGCCCCCUGCCAGCGGGUGGAGGAGAGGGACUACCGCAACGACUGCUACAUGGCUCUGGAGCACGGCAGGCAGUUCAUGGACAACAUGUCGGGCGGCAAAGUGGACGAGGCGCUCGUGAAGAGCACCUGCCUUCAUCACUGGGCCAAACAAAACGCGGUGGACGUGAGUUCCCUGUGCUCUCAGGAUGUGCUGCGGGUGCUGAUGUCGCUGCAGCCUGUUCUCCAGGAUGUCAUUCAGAAGAAGAGGAUGGUGCGGUCGUGGGGCGUUCAAGGCCCCCUCACCUGGCAGCAGUUCCACAAGAUGGCCGGACGUGGCUCUUAUGGCACGGAUGAGUCUCCGGAGCCUCUGCCCAUCCCCACCUUCCUGGUGGGCUACGAGUAUGACUUCGUGGUGCUGUCUCCGUUCGGUUUGCCGUACUGGGAAAAGCUUCUGCUGGACCCGUACGGCUCCCAGCGGGACAUCGGGUACCUGGUGGUUUGCCCCGACAGCGAAGCCAUGCUCAGCGGUGCCAAAAGCUUCUUCCGAGACCUCACAGCCGUUUACGAGUCCUGUCGUCUGGGCCAGCACCGGCCGAUUUCCAGGAGUUACCCCGACGGCAUAGUGGUCGUCGGCGGCAGCGGAACCAAAAGCGUGAUGGAUCAGCCCGUCAGCGACUGGUUCCAUAAGGCUGCCGGCAGCAACAGCGACGCAUUCACCAAGCUCAAGCUUUACGCACAAGUGUGCCGACACAACCUCGCUCCUUACCUCGCUUCACAGACAUUAGACAGUUCACUCCUCACACAGCCUAGUGCCUCUUCUUCAUCCAAUCAGACGUCAUCCACUCAACAGUCUAACUCCACCUCCAGCACAGCCAGCCAGCUAGGUUCCUCCGUUCCCAACAGCAGCAGCAACGGUGGCUCUGGAAGCGCCUCAGCAUCAUCAAAUGGCCUCACAGCGACUUCAGGCCAGCCUGGCAGCUCCAUGCCGUCCGGCAAACCCAACUCUUUCCCGCCUUUCGGAAACAUGAACAGCCAGGGGUCCCAGAGCGGACAGGUGGGACAGCAGGCUGGCACCCAGAACGCUGCCUCCUCAGGGGAUAACUCCAGCAGCCAGGCCCAGGGACCCACGGAGCCUCCUGAAAGCACUUUGGAGCGGGAGAAAAUCGGCGUGCCCACAGACGGGGAGUCCCACGCUGUCACUUACCCUCCCGCCAUCGUCGUUUACAUCGUAGACCCCUUCAGCUACGAGGAGCCUGCCGACGGCGGCUCGGGGCCCGGGCCUACGCACUCCAGUGUGUGGACGCUGGGUUUGCUUCGCUGUUACUUGGAGAUGCUUCAGUGUCUCCCUCCACACAUCCGCAACUCAAUUUCUGUACAGAUCGUCCCAUGUCAGUAUCUACUUCAGCAAGUCAGAGGAGAAGACCGACAUAUCUACGCACAGCACCUCAAAUCUCUAGCCUUCUCCGUCUUCGCUCAGUGCAGACGGCCGCUGCCCACCUCCACCAAUGUCAAGUCGCUGACCGGCUUCGGCCCCGGCUUAGCCAUCGACAACUCGCUAAAGAGCACAGAGAGGCCGGAGUGUUUGCGUCUUUACACGCCGCCGUUCAUCUUGGCGCCGGUAAAGGACAAACAGACGGAACUCGGCGAAACGUUUGGUGAAGCGUCGCAAAAAUACAACGUGAUGUUUGUGGGAUACUGCCUGUCCCACGACCAGCGGUGGCUUUUGGCUACAUGCACAGACCUGUACGGCGAACUGCUGGAGACCAGCAUCAUCAACAUAGACGUGCCAAACAGAGCUCGGAGGAAAAAAGGCUCCGUACGUCGACUGGGCCUGCAGAAGCUGUGGGAUUGGUGCUUGGGACUAGUGCAGAUGACAUCCGUUCCCUGGAGAGUGGUGAUUGGCCGGUUGGGCAGGAUGGGGCACGGAGAGUUAAAAGACUGGAGCAUUUUGUUGAGCAGGAGAAACCUGCAGUCACUCAGCCGACGUCUGAAGGAAAUGUGUCGGAUGUGCGGAAUCUCCGCCUCCGACACUCCCAGCAUCCUCAGCGUGUGCUUGGUCGCCAUGGAGCCGCAGGGAUCCUUCAUCAUCAUGCCAGACUCCGUCUCCACAGGCUCCGUGUUUCGCCGGAGCACCACCUUGAACAUGCAGACGUCGCAGCUCAACACCCCGCAGGACACCUCCUGCACCCACAUCCUGGUGUUUCCCACCUCCGCCUCUCUCCAGGUCGCCAGCUCCAAUUACACUAACAUCGACACCAACAUCGACAUCCUCAACCCCACCACCGACGGGUCUGACAUUGGGAUCUUUGACCUGCUGGACCAGGAGAAUGAGUUGGACCCAGACAUCAUCAACAUCUCCCCCACCACUUCCCCAGUGCACUCCCCCAGCCAUCACUACCACCACGGAGCAGAUGGCAGCAAGGGUCAGAGCACAGACCGGAUGGAGUCCCAUGAAGAGGUUCCCAAUCUGCUGCAGCAACCCCUGGCACUCGGCUACCUUGUCUCCACUGCGAAGGCCGGCCCACUGCCCGACUGGUUCUGGUCAGCUUGUUCACAGGCUCAGAACCAGUGUCCGCUCUUCCUCAAGGCCUCUUUGCACCUACAUGUGUCUUCUGUGCAAUCAGACGAACUGCUGCAUAGCAAGCACUCCCACCCCCUCGACUCCAAUCAGACCUCAGAUGUGCUCAGAUUUGUGCUGGAGCAGUACAACGCUCUCUCCUGGCUGACGUGCGACCCGGCAACGCAGGACCGAAGAUCAUGUCUGCCUAUUCACUUUGUGGUGCUCAACCAGAUGUACAACUUCAUCAUGACCAUGUUGUAACCAGCGGCCCGUUGGCGGCGGAGACGCGUUUCAGAGAGGGAGCAAAGCAACCGGUCGCGUCGUGCGAGGACAACACCGGGAGUACAGAGCUGGAUCCUGUACCCAGAUGGAGUCCCUGCUUCCCAUCUCCCUGUGGCUGCUACAGGUCCACAGAGUCGACUCGUUGGCAACAAGGGAGUAACGGAGAGCGGAGGGACGGGAGGAGCUCGAAGCAGAGUCCCGAUAAAUGAGCGUGAGAGAAAUGACAGAUUUCUUGUCAUGGUAAUGUAGCAUGGCAGCAGAGUCACUGGCCAGUCCGUAUUAGAGAGUUUAUCUGUAAAGCUAUUGGAAGAAAAGGGACAUAUUUGAUCUAGGAAAAAAAAACUCAACAAAAAUGGAUCUCUGGUUUUCAUACGAGAAAUUCCUUUUUAAGGCUUUAGAUGAAAUAGUAUCCAAAUGAAAAAUGCCUGCAUCUAUCUUAUUUAUUGUAAGUUUCUAAAUGUAUAAAUUGUCAUAUUUCUUACCUUUUAUAUAUUAAAAAUGAAGGUUUAUAUCAGCCUUCCUGCUUUAAAGCAAUUGGUCUCAGACAUAAGUUAAUCGUCUUAAUAAGAGAAACCGGAAAAAAAGGAAAAACUCCAUAAAAAUAAAAGUCCCAGUAGGUUGCUUUUAGAGUAUUAUUUUUUGUAAUGGAGACAGAAUAUUUGUAUUGUCACAAUGUACAGAAGAAUUAGUGGAGAAUUAUGUUUCAUGCCUUUGAGCAUGAAGGACUUGCAGCAAAGCUGUAGCUACAGAGGACUUGUACAGCAAUGAACUUCACUGUGUUCAAAUAAAGAGGUACAUUGUUGUAUAUAAUAUUUUAUACCACACAUUUAGACACAAAAACCAAACUGCAAUAUAUAAAUAUAUAUAUAAAUAAUUAUAUAUGAAUCCCACGCCAGCUGUUGAUGGUGUGGCUUCUGUUUUAGGAAUAAAGUGUGUCAACUUAU